UUUUUUUUUUUUAAGUAUUAGUGCUCCAAAUGUCUUAAAUCAGCUGGUAGCUAUUAUUUGUGGCAGUCAUACUAAACUAUAGUCAUCACUUGAAGCAGGAUGGAUGAUGUAAAAAGGGACCAACUUCACCUGAAUUUUGAUGAGAAGCCUAUGCUUGGCCAGAAAGAAGACAAUGAUCCAGAGAUCAGGGAAACUCGAAGUCUGAGAAACCGAGAGCUACUGAGGAAAAGAAAAGCUGAAGCCCAAGAAAGACAAUCAUCAGAGUGGCUUGGAUCCCAAAAUAAAAGCAAGCGGCCAAGGACAGCGAGAGGCCGAGGCCGAUCACUAACUAAAGAAGCGAAGAAUGACCCUCCGCUACAAGUUGUGAGAGUGGAAAAGGAAGAAAAAGUUGAGAAAGAACUCGAGUCUCUAAAGCAACAGGAGCCACUGCUGAGUGUUGCCGAAGAUGUCCACUCUACAGAAAACCAAGAAAACGUGGCAGAGAAUACCCCCCAAAAACAUCAAUGUGCAACAACGCCUCAAGAUUGCACAACUGAAAUCAACCAAGAAACAUCUGGGCACAAGGAUCUUUCUCCCAAAGCAGCUGAGCCUGGAAAACAUGCUUCUAAAACAAACCAAGAAACCACUGUGUUGAAAGAGCUGUCUCCUAAAACAUGCCAAGGAAAAGUUGUCCCUGAAUCUUUCUCUCCUAAAAGAUACCCAAACACAUCUGUUCCUAAAGAUUGCUCUCCGAAAAUAUGUCAAGAAACAGAAAUUGCUGAGAAUUAUGCACUUAAGAGAUGCCAAGAAACAGCUGUGCCUGAAGACCUUUCUCCUAAAACAUGCCAGGAAAUAGUUGUGUCUGAAAAACAUACUCUUAAAACAUGUGAAGAGAAAGCCAUGCCUGAAGACCUCUCCCCCAAAACAUGCCAGGAAACAGCUAUUGCUAAAAAGUUGUCACCUAAAAAAUACCAAGAAACAGUCAUUUGUGAAGUGCUUUCUCCUAAAACAUGGCAGAAAAGAGCUGUGUCUGAAAAAUGCCUCCUUAAGACAUGCCAAGAGACAUCUGUACCUGAAUCUUCCUCUACUAAAAGAUACCAAGAAAUGGCUAUCCCUAAAGAUUGCUGUCCUAAGAUGCGCCAAGAAACAACUAUCACUGAAAAUGAUGCGCCUAAGAGAUGCCAAGAAACAGCUGUGCCUGAAGACCUUUCUCCUAAAACAAACCAGAAAACCACUGUGAUUAAAGAGUUAUCUCCUAAAACAUGCCAAGGAAUAGCUGUACCGGAAUUUUUUUCUCUUAAAGGGUACCAAGAAAUGGCUUUCUCCAAAGAGUGCUGUCCUAAGAUGCGCCAAGAAACAACUAUCACUGAAAAUGAUGCGCCUAAGAGACACCAAGAAACAUCUGUGCCUGAAGACCUUUCUCCUAAAACAAACCAGAAAACCACUGUGAUUAAAGAGUUAUCUCCUAAAACACACCAAGGAAUAGCUGUACCAGAAUCUUUUUCUCUUAAAGGGUACCAAGAAAUGGCUUUCUUCAAAGAUUGCUGUCCUAAAAUGCGCCAAGAAACAGCUAUCACUGAAAACGAUGCUCCUAAGAGAUGCCAAGAAACAGCUGUGCCUAAAGAGUUUUCUCCUAAAAAAAAACAAGAAACCACCAUGCUGAAAGAACUACCUCCUAAAGCAUGCCAAGGAACAGUGGUACCUGAAUCUUUUUUUCUUAAAGGGUACCAAGAGAUGAUUGUCUCCAAAGAUUGCUGUCCUAAAAUGCGCCAAGAAACAGCCAUUGCUGAAAACGAUGUGCCUAAGAGAUGCCAAGAGACAUCUGUACCUGAAUCUUCCUCUACUAAAAGAUACCAAGAAAUGGCUAUCCCUAAAGAUUGCUGUCCUAAAAUGCGCCAAGAAACAGCCAUUGCUAAAAACUAUGCACUUAAGAGACGCCAAGAAACAGCUGUGCCUGAAGACCUUUCUCCUGAAACAUGCCAGGAAAUAACUGUGUCUGAAAAAUACAACCUUAAAACAUGCCAAGAAACAGCUGUACAUGAAGUCCUUUUGACUAAAACAUGCCAGGAGAAAAAUGUAUUUGAAAAAAAUGCCUCUAAGACAUGCCAAGAAAAGGAUGCUUCUGGUGAUCUCUUGUCUGAGAAAUGCCCCCAAAGAGAUGAAUUUAAAGAGUGUCCUGUGGAAAAAUUCCAAGCUACAGCUGGGGCUGAAGAUCUCGUGCCUAAUAUAAGCCAGAAAAUAUUUGUGCUUGAAAAAUGUGUCCCUAAAACAUAUCGAGAAGCAGCUAUGCCUAAAAGUCUCUUAUCUGAAAUUGGUCCCCAAACAGCUGGUCCUGAAGAAUAUCAUUCUGAAACAUUCUUCCCAAAACCUGGGUCUGGAGUUCAGGAUCCUGCAAAGCUCCAAGAAACCACUACGGCUACCAUUUGUCCUCUGAAACUGAAAAAAAUAACCAAAGCGGAGGAAUCAGAAAAGCCUGUCAUUCUGAAUCUUUCCCAGGAGGAGAAUCAAGAAACUGAUUAUUACAGAUUUUAACAACUGCCUCAACCAUAAUAGUUUUAAACUAAAGAUAUGGUAUUCUGAUACUUUAAAUGCAUAAUCUCUCUACAUGCAGCACUGUACAAAUCUCUAUAAUAUUCAAUGAUAAUUUGACAAGAAUAUUUUCCUGUGUGUACUCCGUAUUUAACAUGUUUGAAGACCUGAUUUCAACUAUGAUGAUCAUUUUUGUGUGCUAGGGGACAGGUGGGAGCAGCCUGGAGAGGGGUGGGGGGAUAAAAGAGGAGAAAAUAUCUAAGGAUUAUUAUUUUUUUUGUCUUUCAGAAAAUGAAAUUGUUUUAGUUAAUUCUUGAUGUUAUGUGAUAAAUUAGGAACAUUUCAAAUCUUUUUGGCAGUUUAUAAUUUUCUUGUAAAUUUAGAUUAAAUAUUAAUGUAGUGAUGAUGCCAUUAUUUUGUCUAGGUUUUUAAAAAGUUUGGUUGUUUUAUUAGUGUAAUAAUUUUACUUAUACUAUUAGGAUGCUCAAAAUUUACCUGAUGCCAGUGUGUGUGUGUGUGUGUGUGUGUGUGUGUGUGUGUGCCUACAGCUUAUUUUUUUGCAUGUUUUAGUUUUGAUCUCCUAUUUUUAAUUAAAUAAAAA